GACCAGAUCCUCUCUACAGAGACCUCUACUGCACAGAGAACCACACAUGGCUCCUACAAUCACUUCAGCAAUGACUUCUUCCCAGGACCACCUAACCCUGACCCACAAGAUCAGAAAACCACUGGUGGAAAAGCUACGCAGAGAGCGAAUCAGUAGCAGCAUUGAGCAGCUCAAGUCUCUGCUAGGUCCAGAGUUCCUCAAACAAGAACCUGACUCCAAGAUGGAGAAAGCAGACAUUCUGGAGAUGACAGUUGACUUCCUGAGACAACUGCAGCUCUCUCGCCAUGGAAACUCUGUCACAGGUUUAACAGCUGCCAACCAGGGUCACUCCAGGUGUGUCCAGGAGGUGGUCCACUUCCUGUCUAAGGAUGAGGUGAAGACACUGGCCAACAGAAGAAUGUUGGAUCACUUCCAGAACCUUCGGACCUCCUCUGAUACAAGGCUGACUGAGAGAGGUUCAAUUCAGCUGAGCUCUCCACUCAAGAACAAUAUCACCAAAGAGAAGAGUUCAGUUAACCGGGCCGUCUGGAGGCCCUGGUAGAAACCUACACACUGGAGGUACCAGACAACAUUGACCAUGUUGGUCACAACAUGUUGUUGUCAAUGUAUAAUAUUAACUCAAUAUUGUAAUUGUUUGAGGUUCGUAUAUCACGUUAUUCUUCUAAAAGAAGAAAACCUCCACAUGUUUCUGCUACGUGUUGUAGUGUACUGUAUCAACUGUCUGUUAUUACAGACUAACAUAGGAGCUUUUGCUGCUUUAAAGUUUGAUGGUCAAACGUAAUUGCAAAUCUUUCUGAAAAUAUUGAGCCUCUUUCUCCAAUGUAAAGAUAGGGCAUGUUUAGUGCAUCUAUUUCCAUUUAAGGAAAAAUGUUAUGCCGUAUAAUUAAUUUCUAAUGAUCAUAUUGAUCUAUUCUGUGUUCUUACUUUAAAUCUUUGAUUUGAAAUCUGUGCUCUAUCAAUUGGUGAUUUGUUACAAGAUCAAAAUUAACUUUUAUCUGUUGCAUUGUAUUCUAAUGAUCAAAUUGAUCUAUUCUGUGUUCUUCCUUUAAAUCUUUGAUUUGAAAUCUGUGCUCUAUCAAUUACUGAUCUGUUACAAGAUCAAAAAGUGACUUUUAUCUGUUUGCAUUGUGUGAGGUUAUUCUUACACACAAUUGGUGACAUUUCUAUUUUCAGGAAAAUUACCAUCUUUAUUUUUCACAAGCAUUACUAUUCUAAUUGGAUCCUAAUUGAUCACUUUGUGACAAAUUCCUGAUCAGUUAUAUGAUCAUGUUGCUUGUUUGCUUUUAUGAUGAAGCAUAAAACAUUGGAUUCAUAAUGAACUAUGAGCUGCACAUUAAUUUAUAAUGUCAACUCAAUAUUGUUACAUGUAACAUAUCUAUGUCUUUUAUGAAGACAACAAAUGUAUAUCCUCUACUCUGUUUGAGUAAUGCGUUUUGGAGAUCUUU